GACUUGGCGGCAGCGRGGCUGUGUCUGCAGAGGCCAAGCUGGCGGGGCAAGCACCGGCCGGAGAUCAGGCCUCAGGAAGAGGCCCCUUCUUGGAAUUUCCUCAUGGAGGAAUUGGCUACAGUGUCUGAAUCUUUGGAAAAUAAAGCCUCUUUCCGGAAAAGGAGUGUUGUGAACUUCUGAGGGCCUGAUCAUUAUUGGUGAACUGUUUGAUGUAAAAGACUUCACUCCAUAAUCUACAUCUGCCCUAAUGCUGUCAUCCGGAGUAGAGACUCAGCCAGUUCCACUUGAUUCCUCCAUGUCUGCCGUGGUACAGGAAUUAUACUCUGAACUCCCAGAGGACCUCCUGAUGCAGAACAGCAAAGAACUUUUACGUGCAGACCUCCCUGAAGAUUUUCUAAGGAGCAAAGAAGGAAAAGUAUGGAUUACAACUGAAACUCCACUGAAAUCUGUUAAAGAUGUACAAGGUAUGAAGGUCAAUAGGACUAAGACGGAUAAUAAUGAAGGACACAAGAAUGGCCAUGUGAGUAAAGGUCUCUCAGCUGGGUGCAGCGAAUAUCCAGAAGUAGACAAAAUCAUGACCAGUGGUGAGGUUUCAGAAACCAGAACAUUAGUUUCCUUAGAGCCUUUAACCUUUGUGGACCCUGGAUUAACAGAAGCAACUCCUAAAGAAAAAGAAUGUGGAGAAAUAAAAACUUGUCCAUCUUGGUUGUCAUUAUUACCAGGGAACAGUGCCAUUUCCAAAGUGCACAGUGGGAAAGAAGAAUUGUGUAAAUUAAGCCUUGUCUGUGAAGCAGAUGACAAUCACCAACAGAGUCUGGGCCACCAUAAUGAAAACUGCUGUUCUACAUAUGAUAGUUCCACAGCUAUGGGAAAUGCAGAUGCUGUAAAACCCUUGGAAGAAAAUUAUGAAAUUUCACAUUUCACACCAUGUUUGUCUGAUCCAGAAUCCAGAACAACAUCCUUAGAAAAAUGUGGUUUUGAAAGCUAUGGUUUCUUGAAGAGAUUUGCUGAAAAGACAGACAGUUCCUAUUUUUAUAAGGAUGAUCAAAGUAAGAACUUGGCUUCUAGAGAAGAAAGUGAAGAACAACUUUUAAAUCCCAGGAGUGAAAGAGAUGAACUCUUUCUUAUUAAAUCCAGGCAACCARAAAAGGAUGCCAGUAAUUAUUGUUCUGGUGAAAAAGAGACUGUUAAUUCCCCAAAAGAAAAUAUCCACAGUAACUGUUGCAUUCAAGGUAGAACCCAUACAGACAGCUCUAGUUCUUUAAUGCCCAAGGCUUUUACUGAAACCACAGAAAUAAUGUUUAAAAAAAAUGAUUUGAAAAUCACUUCAGAUAUUCAGGGUAGCUUUACAAACCCUGAGGACCAUAGAGAAACUGUUAAUAAUAUGAAGCAUCCAGGUGGACACUCUGAAGAAAGCAGUUUUUCUUCCUUGGUGCAGAAUGAAGAGCCAGAACAGACAACCACUAAAGAAUCCAGUUUGUUAAGUGAAAAGGUUUAUAGUAAAGACUCUGACUCCUUAGUCAGCAUCCAGAGAAAUCUGGAAGGUGACACCCAGUUAAAUGAAGCAUCAUGUACUGAUUUUCUGUCCAAAAGAAAAUGUCAUAUGACUUUAAUGCCAAAAGAUGAGAUAAGUUCUGUAUGUAAUGAAGUAUCAAAACCCAAGAAAGAUAUUGUUCAGUUACCACCAUCUCUAGAAUUGGAUUAUAGAUCUGAGACAGAAAAAACUAUACAGACCUCACAUAAUAAUAGUUCACAUUUAAAUGAACAGAGUAUUGCCCAUGAGAUGAGUGAAUCUUCUGAUACCAACAAAUUGGUUGUAAACAAAGUAGAAAAUGAAUGUGUUUUAAAUCAAGUGACCCUUAAUUCUCAAGACCAUGUGAAGUUGCCAACCAACUCCCUACUAAAUAUAAACAGAGAGAUGCCUUUAGCCACAAGCAAAGAUGCCCAACAGAGCCAACAUCCUCCAUUAGAGAAUGGAAGAUCUGUUAUUGCUGAUGCUCAAAUCAUUCCCAUUACAACAAAAAUGAAAGACAUCUCUCCAUUAGUUGAAAAAACAUGUGGUGCCUCUUCAAACAAUCCUACCUUAAAUGUCAACCCACGAAACCUAGAAAGAAGAAAAGAAAUGACUGACUCAAGAACAGAAGAUCUACAUCCUAGGUUCCUCCAAAGUACAAAAGAAGAAUCUGGCUUUCCUCAAGAUGUUUCUGUCACAGAAUGUCAAAAUAUUCAAUCUCAGGAUAUCCCCAGCUGUCAUUGUAUAAGAAGCAAUGCAUCAGAAGAUAACAUGUGUUUUGCUUGUGCUUCUUUUGAACCCAACAAAAUCAUCCUGAACUCUUCUGUUACAAAAUGUGAAGAUGGGUUUCUGCAUAAUGAUCACCACUCCCAAGGAAUAGAAGACUCCAUGGAAAAUAGCACCCGUAACUUGAGUUGUACAUCAGAAGAGAGUGAACUUGAUAGGAGAGAAACUAAAGGUAGACUUCUGGGAAUUAAGAUCAGAAAUAAAGUGACAGAAGGAGUGUCAGAUAGUGGAGCUUCAAACAUAACCAUUCACACCAUCAGUCACAUCAAACCCAAUGAGGAAGGACUAGAUGGAAAAGAAACAGAUAUACCCAAAGAGACAGUGUUUUAUAAAUAUAACAUCUCUGAUUGUGCUACACGAGAACUAAAUCAAUCUGCAAACAUUCCAAGUCCUGAAACAUUGUUGGACAAGGCUUCUACUAUUAUGUUCUCCAGUUUUAAGAAUAUGAACCAAACAAUUGAAACUCUUGAUCAGAAGAUAAGUGAAGUCCUUGACUGCCACAGUAACCAAAACAGUCCAAAUGAGUACAGAGAUAAAAAUAAAUCAGCUGAGGAGGCACGAGAUAGUAACCACAGAGAGACCAACAUAGAUUCUAACAGAGAGGAAAAUCACAACAAAAAAGACCUGAUAGCCAGUUCAAGCAGUAAUAAAUCACUGUCUUAUGAUAGUCCAAAAGAAGGUGAUUCAAAAGGAGUCUUUGAAAAUAUUUCUGGCUCUGCAGAGUUCACAGAUGAUAUCAUAGACUUGGUCAAUGCUGACUAUAAUAAAAAGCCUAUGGAAGGCAUGGUGGACAUUAAAGCAUUCAGUACACUUAGUGGUGGUGUAAGUCAAGAUACACUGGCAUCCCAUAAAACCUCAAGGAGUACCUCCUCUCAGAGAGGAGAACUGAAUGCCACAUUUAUAGGAACAAUUAAACAGGACUCAUAUCUUCCAAAUGCUGCUGCUUCUCCAGUGGAAUCCCUUGAAAUGAAAAAAUCAUGUGAGGAGAAAGUAUGCAGAUCUUUAAAAGACUGUGAAAUGGAAGAGUAUUCAGAUUCUUGUGCUCAGGAUAUGGAGUCAGUUGCAGAUCAUGAACCAAAUAUAAAAAUACUGGGUAGAAUAAACAUGUCUUUAAAUUAUAUUUGUCAUGAACACCAAGGUAAAGGAACAUCUCUGAAAGAAACACAAGGAAUAACCAAAGGAUCAGGACUAGAAUUAAAUUCUGUAUCAUGCAAGAAAAUACCCUUUGAAAUUUCCUCAAAAGAUUUGAUGUUUUCUAGAUGCCAAGAUGAGACCUGUGUAUCCCCAGGGAGCAUGAAAUCAAUUGAGAUAAUGUCUUUAUGUCUGUCUGCUCGAGAAAAUUCAGAAACUGAUACUAAGGUUAAAAAAACUGACCUGAAAAAUCUCUUCACACCAAAUGAGGGUGAAAUACUGUGUGAAACUAUGGAAGACUGCACAGUCCUGCUUGAGAUGAAGGAGGGAGCUCUGAGGGAUAUGAGUAAUCCUAGUGAAAGAGACAGUAUGCAGAUCAGUGUGAAAAAUAAUAUUUGCAAAGAUUAUCACUCUCAGGAGAAUUCUACUGAUAGACAUUCACCUUUGACAGCAGAAACAGCAACUAAAGUGAAUAGAGAGGAAACUGAAGAUCCUUUGAGAGAUACAUUGGGUCACUUACCUGUCAGGGAGGAAUCUAAAGAGAUGAUUACCGUAAAAGGUGGUAAUAGUGCUAAUUUGAGCAAGACCCACUUGAAAUGCCAGGGCAUGCAUGCUGAUGCUGAAAAACARCAAAGCCAGUGGGUCUUGGACUAUAUGUUGCCAAAGGAAGAGAAACAAGUACAUCAAAAAGGAACACAUAUGGUUUUGGAACAACAUGCAUCAUCUAAUAUGUUGGCUGAUGUGGUGAAAAAUAAGAACCAACCUAAGGCUAACAAAAAUGAGUCCACCAUGAUUAAAGAAAUCACCCUAUCAAAGCCAACCAAGGGCAACAUUGCCAGACAGUUUCAGAGGUUGGAAGACCCUGAAAAGGAGGAAAGCUUAUGUCAUCCAUUAAAGAAGGACAUUGAGUUGUGCACAGGUCCAUGCCUUCCUGAUGCCCCUCAGAAAGCACAAGACCCCAGGUCUGCUGGGUAUGAUCAAAUACAUGGUGCCUUUGUGAACAUUUCCUGUCAGAAAGGAAUGCUUCCCUUAAAGAAGCAGCCCCAUAGAACAUGUAAGAGAGUUGCCUGUCAGGAGCCAGUCAGCAUGAAGAGGAAAAUAAGUAAAAUCAGAAGUUCUGCCUUCGGAAAGAGUUCCUCUGAUCCCAUCCCCACAAAAGCACACAGACUUCUCAGCUCAUGUGCUGCAUCUGCUUCUGCACGAUUGGAAUCCAAAACACUACCUACCAAGAGCUUGCUUAGCCACAUACCAAAGCAGAGGACUGUUGCAUUCCAUCCCUUGAGGAGCCUGAAUUAUAGAAAGCCUACCAAAGAAUUAGCCUUACUAAACAAGCUGUCCAUCCUUGCCUCCAAACUAGCCCCAGCCAUAAAAACCCAGAAACUCAGAUAUCGGCGAUGUUCCUCUGCACUUCUUCCAGUGGCUAAAAGCUACAAACGCCUCAGAUACAAAAGGCUUCUAGAUGGAUUUUCAUAUAAUGCAAUGCAGCUGAAUCCACAUUUGGCAGCUAGUGGAUGGAACAAGAGGCCCGACAGUAAGCCCUUGGAACUUCAUUCUCUCGAAGCCAUCAAAAGGAGCUUCAUAGAUUUGAGCAACAAGAUGCCAUCAUUGCUGUUUGGUUCUGAAAUCCUCCCAGUUUCUUUUCAUGUGAAACUAGCCCCAGAUUACAUGACUGAAUCCUCACAGACUUUUCCUGAGCACUGUGCUCCAGCAAGGCUUGCCUUAGGAGAGGCCCCCCAGUGCCCAUCUCAACCUCCCAAGUGGACCUUUUCUUUUUUCUUGUCCCACAGUUGCCCUGGGAUGGCCACAUUCAGGGAAGAUACUGGCCUCCAUAGUCAGGCACACACUCAGGCUUCUCAACAGACUGUAGCUCCUCUCCAAGACUAUGGAGGCUCUUCCAUAGUCCAGAGCAGAGCAGAYUGCUCUGUCCUUGGCCUUCACACACUUCUUGCACUUUGUUCCCCGGGAUGUUACCGAAUCUGGACAAAAAAACGGAGCUUUUCUAGUCACAUGCCUACCAUGCAGAGGCUCUUCAUGACCCAGUUUACACAGGGCUUGAAAGGGUUAAAGUCUCCAGCCUCCAUAGCAGACAAGGUCUUCUGUUCUCUGCCCUACUCUGUGGGUAGGGUAUUAUCCAUUUGGAGCCAGCAUGGGCCUUCCUCCUGCUCCUUCGAAAUCUCUGCUCUCCAUUCCAAGCGACCACGAAGUCUGGGCACCACAAGCAGCCACACCAUGUUACCAUAUGUGCCUCUUCCAGGCAUGGAAGUUACAUAUAACACCAGCAGCAGUCAGAUGAGGCUAGAGCCUGCACUCACUGCCUUGGUACCAAAGUCUUGCUUGGUAACAGAACCAGCUGUCAGCAAACUCCUGCUUUCAGGCUCUGAGUUCCAAGUUCCUGGGUUUGAUGAACUGGAUGGUGUGACAGCAGCCUGCCCCCAACCACAGAGCAGCCCUCCGGAACAGAAAGAGGCUGAGCCAGAGAAGAGACUAAAGAAAGUCUCACAGAUUCGUAUUCGGAAAACCAUUCCCAAGCCUGAUCCUAAUCUUACGCCGAUGGGCCUUCCUCGACCUAAAAGGUUAAAGAAGAAGGAAUUUAGUUUAGAAGAAAUAUAUACCAACAAGAAUUAUAAGUCUCCUCCUGCAAACAGGUGUUUAGAGACCAUCUUUGAGGAACCCAAGGAACGAAAUGGUACACUAAUCUCAGUAAGCCAACAGAAGAGGAAGCGAGUUCUAGAAUUUCAGGAUUUUACAGUACCAAGAAAGAGGAGAGCUCGAGGUAAAGUCAAGUUGACAGGCAGCUUUACCAGGGCCCAGAAGGCAGCUCUGCAGAGUCGAGAACUGGAUGCUCUUUUGCUACAGAAACUGAUGGAACUAGAGACCUUCUUUGCCAAGGAAGAGGAACAGGAGCAGUCUUCAGGUUGUUGAAACAAAUUCAGAUAAGAGUCUCAAUUUUGUAUGUUUUUGGACCUCCCUGGAAUAGGUCACCUAAUUUUGCCCUUAGGCCCAAACCACUCAAGAUGUCCAGUCCAUGAAUAUUUACCUAUUUCAAGGUGCAGCCUUUUUAGGAACUGGUAAAGGAGGAACCUCUACUUCUACUGCUGAGUUUAGAACCUCAGGAAUGCUCUUUUCUCCUGGAAAUGGUCCUGAAUGCCAUCUGGCCACCUCCUCCCAAUCGAAGGAGGAAGGAGGAAGAAGCCACAUAUCUUAAGCAACACUAGGAUUCCAAGGACUCACAGCAUUUGCACGUCCAAAUGAAAGUUCUGCUUUGUUUACGGUGGUGCUAGACCAAGAUUACUUAGAAACAUGGCCUAGGGAGGGGGACCUGGUGUCCUGCCCUGUGUGGUCUCACUGGCUCAUUUAGGUGGUCAAGAAAAGAUGAGCUAUUGUGUUUUCUAAUCAUUUGAGUCUGUCCAGAACCUGUUGGUGUGAGUGUAUAUGAGUGUGUGCGUGUGUGGGGCCUUUUUCCAUCAUUUUCUCCCCACUGUGACUGUGGGUCACUAGUGCCAGAGGAGCCCGUCCAGGCCCCAAAGUAAGUUGCACUUUUAAUGUUGUGGUGUUGAUUAUUUUCAGUUUCUUUAUUUUUAUUUUUUUUUUAUUAUUAUUAUUGCUGCAUGUUUGGGGCCU